AUGAUGAAUAGUACAUCUGCAAACAAGCCUCUGAGCGUUAAAAACGAAAAACUUGCAGAUGCACAGGAGGAAGACGCCGAGGAAUUGCAAGCGAAGCUGCAGGCAUUGAAUCGCUUGAUUGAUAACGUCGUCCAGGCUGAUUUCGAAUUCCCGUUUUACGGCCGAGAGUUUGACUAUUGCUCCAUCUGCUUAUUCACAACACUAGAUUUCUUCAUCUUUUACAGGAAAUGGAGCUUCUUCCCAUUAAUUGUGAAGCCUUGCGAUCGUGAAGUGCCACAGGACGAUUACGAGUGCUCAGCCUAUGAUACGGAACCAUCUGGUUGCUGCUUGCCUUCAGGCAAUCUCAAAAUGUCUUUCCACAAUCAGCAUCUUGAAGAUGAAUUUGGGUUUGAUUCGAACGUCUAUAAACAUGGAGAAUGUCAUGCUCAGCAAGAAACAAACCAUAACGAGAACGUGCAUUUCAACUUUGACAAAUCGACUUACACGGAGCCAUACGAAUCCAUGGAAGGCACUUCUGGUUAUCGAGACGACUAUCGCCGAGAGUAUCCAGGGCAAGACUUAAAAGCCUGUGAAAAGUGA